AUGUUCCGUGCUUGUAUGCAGAAAGUGCCAGGCACAGUGUCGGACGGGCAUGUCGGUGCCGGCGUGCUUUCCGCGACGUCGUUCGGGUGGGUAGCGAAACAGAGCGACCAUCUGACAGGCGAGAAGGGUCGUCGUGGGGUGAGCAUCGAGAGCGUCGGCAUGAAGGGGAUGAAGGCUUUGCGCGACAGCAUGGUUGAGUACGUCGGCAAGGUCAUUGCCGUAAAACGCACCGCGACGCCGACUUCUCAAGCCGCCGGACCCGCCGACAGUGCCAUAGAUGACGACGGCGCGGAAGGACAGAAGGCGCCCCAAGGUGCAGUGGCCGCCCAGCAUCAGGGGAACGCGAGGGUGCAUGGGGAAGGUGGAAACGGUGGAGGAGGCGACGCAGAGGCAGGUGCAGGAAGGUUGGAAAUGGAGAAGUCGUCGUCGUCGUCGGAGUCGGAGUCGGAGUCGGAGGAGGAAGACGAGGCGGUGAAGCGUAAGGACGAGGAGGAGUAUGAGGAGUAUGAGGAGGAGGAGGAGGAGAAUAAGGACGAGAAUGGUGAGAAGUGGGAGGGAGGGAAGGAUGAGGAGGGGGGGGAUGAAGAGGUGGAGUUCGUGGUGGAGUAUGUAGAGGGUACGGUUGAGGCGGGAGAGGCGGAAGAGGCGGUGGGGUCGGCAGAUCAGGGGAAUGAGGAAGAGAAGGAUGACGACGCGGGAAAUGCUACGAGGUCGGCAGAUGUGGGGAAGGAGAAGGGCGAGGUCGGCGUGGAGGCAACGACAGGAAAUGGCCAGGAUGAGGCGGCCUGCGAGGGAGGUGGGAAGGUGUCGGUCGACGCCGGCGAAGGGGCGAACAACACGGGCGAGCAGGAGGCCGGGGAAGCACCUUGUCGGCAGGGCCCAGAACUAGACGACGUCGAGGCCGACAUCCUGAAGGCGGUGACGGAGGCCACCCAGCAGUCUUUUGUUGCUUCCGGGAUGAAGAUCAUGACAGAGAUGAUCGGCACUGUGGCGCUUGGUCGACGUGGGUCGUCGCCUUCGGCCAAUGACGCCGAUAACGCGCAAAGAAAAACGGCCGAGAAGCAGGGCCAUAAGAGGACGGGCGACGGAGACGACAAGGGGAGCUCGAAGCGGAGCAAGGGAGCGGGCGGUAGUUUCGGGUCGAAGCCUGCGCAAAAAAGCGACCAGCUGAAGACGAAGGCGGGGUGGAAGGUGGUAAGGACGUCGCACAGCAAGGGAGGCGGAAGCGGGGGAGCAAAGGGUGGCCCUGCCGACGGGGUUGCCGCUAACCUAGCUGCUCCGACUGGCCCGCCUUUGGUCGCCGAGCAGACCCAUCCUCAGGCGAGCGGUGGGAAAGGCGUUACCGACAAGGAGGUGCCAACUGCUCAGGCGGCGAAUGAUGGUGACUCCGGAACCACCAAGGGACCGUCCGUCGCGGCGGCGGGCAAGCCUGCUUCUGCUACGGUUGCCGGCACCACCAAGUCGAGUCCCCGUAACCCCCUUGCGGCUACCAGCGCGCCUGCCGGCCAGUCAGGUGCGAACAAAGAUGGGGAGGCUGCUCCAGCUCCAGCAACCCCGACUGCCGCCAAGGUUGUCGCGAAGGUUGCUUCGGCUAAGGGUGAUGCCAUGGCAUCAGCUAAGGCCCCCCCCGGUGGUACCGCGCUCAGAGAGAUGCUCCGCCGCAUGGAGGCACAUAGCAGGGACGUGCAGCAGCAUCCCGCGGUCGACGCCGGCCUUCCUGGAACAGCACGCCGCUCCGUCACUACGCAGGUUGCCGGCAAGUCGUCCGGUGCCCCACCUGCCGCGCCUCCGGUGGCCGCCCCACCGCCUGCGGACCCCAAGUCCGAUUUUCUUCGCGCCCAUUUAGGCGCACGCAAAGCGGCUGCUCCGUCAGUGACCCUGCCAAAACUCGGCAAAAGCGCGACGCCGACGUCGGUAAACGCGACCGCACCCACACCAGGUGCAUCUGUGGUCGAUGUGGCGGCGGAGAAGGGAGUGAGUGCAGCGCUCGCCACCGGCGGCCGCGCAGACAAGCAUGCCGACCUCGCUGUCGUCAUGGCCCAUUUUGAGGCAGCAAAGCGCCCCGAGCACGCCCCUGUUAUGGCCAUAAUGGACACGGCGCAUGUGGUGCCGUCGGCGACCCACGGAGGGGGUUCGACGGAGCAGACGGCCGCGACAGCUGCUGUCGCCGAGAUAAAUGCUGGACGGAAGGAAAAGGACGACAACGGGAAAGGAAGGCGGUCUCUCAGAGGAGCACGCGGGCGAUGA